CAUACACACACACACAGUCAGCACAUGGGCGUGUGUUUCCACCACGGUAGCAGCUCCUGCGGGAAGCUCGGCAGCUCCCAGAAAUAGUGUAGACUAGAGAAUCCAGGAAGCCCCAGAGCAGAAACAUGGCUGAAGAAGUGUCACCAGUAACUCGACAAGUAACUAAAGGAAACGUGGAAACAUGGAGCCAGUGCGUCGAUGUCCGUCUGGAAGAAGUGGAGGACUGUUUAGUUUACGACCGACACGGAGUCUCUGCUCCUUUCAAGAAGUUAUACCAGGACAGGAGGGCGGUCAUAAUAUUCCUAAGGAAUUUCCUGUGCUACAGCUGUAAAGAAUACGUGGAUGAUUUGAGCAAAAUACCAAGAGAAGCACUUGAGGAUGCUGGUAUAAGGCUGAUUGUGAUUGGUCAGUCUGCUCAUCACCAUAUAGAGCCGUUCUGCUCGUUGACAGGCUAUCCUUAUGAAAUAUAUGUGGACCCACAGAGGUGCAUUUAUCAAAAGCUUGGGAUGAAGAGAGAGCAGAUAUUUACCAACACAGCAACUCCUAGUCCCCAUGUGAAGUCUGGUGUUUUUCUGGGCCAGAUGAAGAGUAUAUGGAGAGCCAUGACCAGCCCUCUAUUCGACUUUCAGGGUGACCUACAUCAGCAAGGUGGAGCCAUCAUUGCAGGACCAGGCUCUCAAGUCCAUUUUUCCCAUUUUGACAUGAACCACCUGGACCACAUGCCCAUCACCUGGCUGCUGCAGCUGGCCGGAGUUCAACAGACUCUGGACUUCGGCGAUAAGCCAAAGAUCCUCCAUGUGUAGUCAGGUGGCCGCCCGAGUGGGUGCUGUGCCACAACAUCACUGUUAUUAUCACACAGGGGGACACAUGCUGCUUGUUUAGUUACAUCAUCUUUGCACACUGGCAUAUUGAACUAGAAGAGCUUGAGCAGCAUCAUUCUCAGUAACAGGUAUUUGUGUCCCAGUGAUUCUGAGUACAGUGUUUAUCAUUCCUCUGCGAGGUCAUGAGGUCACAAUCUUGAAUAGAUCUGUUUAUUUAAUUUAUUUCUUUAACUAGGGAAUUGAGAUACAUUAUCUUUUUUAUUUACAAGAGAGACUUGGAAAAGUGGAAAUUUAACAAAGUGACAUAAAAACACACACCACACAAACCCACAUUAUAACACAACAGAAGAAGACCUGAAAGACAUGACAGUUUAUGUUGUGUUAAAGGAAAGGGCAAUAAAAUAAUAUUAAUAAUAAUAGCAAUAUAAGUUUCAUCAAUAGCGAAAUAACCAAAGUCCAAAAUACAUAUAUUAUAUUGCUUAUGCAUUGUGGAAGCACAGCUCAUAAAGAAAAAAGUCUCAAACCACAACCAUCACGCAGGAGUAAAAACAAGUCUUAACUUUAAUAGUGGUUCUAGUAGACAAAAUAAAAAUAACUCAAGGUCUCCUUACUGGCUUUUUGCAGACUUUACAUCUUUUGGAAUGAUGAACUGAGAAAUGUUAGAAAGGGAACUGAGGAAACUCAUUUUGCUACUGAAAACUAUGGGAUGGGAUUAAAAAGCUUGUAAAUUAUCCCUGGGGUGAUUUGUUUUUUUGGUCUUUCUUGCUUAAAUAACACGGGUGACUUUAUAAGUGGGAUACACGUGCACGACUGUUGUCAUGUAGGAAUACACGCAGUGCGAUGUCUCGUGUUUUGUAAUACUGUUGGCACAUUGGUGACCUAGAUAUUAGGCCUUGUCGCACCCCUUCCUUUUUACACCCACUGUCUUCAUUUGCUCGGUAUUUAUUACACUGUAAAUAAAGUUGAACUGCCACAC